AUGUACGAUAGGGAUCCAUGGGGUGGCCCGCUGGAGAUCAACACGGCGGACUCGGCCACCGACGACGACCGCAGCCGGAACCUGCAGGACCUCGACCGGGCGGCGCUGUCGUCUCGGCCGCUCGACGAGACGCAACAGAGCUGGCUGCUGGGCCCCACCGGGGAGCAAAAGAAGAAGAAGUACGUGGAUCUGGGAUGCGUCAUCGUCAGCUGCAAGAUCUUUAUCUGGACGGUAAGGACACUCCUCCUCUUCGGCUUGCUCGCCGGACUGAUCGUCCUCAUUGUCAAGACCGUGCCGCGUCACCACCAUGCCAAGCCUCCUCCGGACAACUACACUCUCGCUCUCCACAAGGCUCUCAUGUUCUUCAACGCUCAGAAAUAUUCUCUCUCUAAGUUUCUCUCUCCGCCGCCAGCUUCCGAUUGCACUUGGUCUCUCUACGAUGAUCCUGUCCUCCAAGUCUCCCUUCAAAUCGAACAGUUGCCGAUCACCGCCGCGCUCUCCAAGUUCUUCUCUGACGUCCUCCUCAGAACCUCGCCGUCGACGUCGCAGACUUCGAGGCUCCGAAACGGCGCAGUUUUCGGUUCCGGAAGCAGUGCAGUUUGGGUUUCGGAGUUCUACUUUCAAAAUGGUCUCCCACCACCUAAUGGACUUAAGAAACAAUGUCUUUCCAGAAUUGAUGAGCUUUUCAUCAGUCAUAUGGAUGGAUUGCAAAUGCAGGAAUUUAAGACAGUUACAAAGGAAGUAUGCAAGCUACCAACAUUUUUAUCUUAUUCUCUCUUUAGAGAGAUAGAUACUGGCUGCAGUGGGAUAGUGGCCAGGUCGUCUCUGAUUGAUGAUGCAUCGUCAGGUAUUUCUAUCGGUGCCCAAAGGAACUCUCUUAGUGCAAAUGCCGCUGGGAUCAACUCACUGCCUUCCAUGUUUCAGGCUGGUAGUACACCCCCACUUCCACAGCGAAGUUCCUCCAGCUCUCCACGUUUUUCAACACCGAAAACCAGCCCUUCUUAACUAGGCUCUCGUUUUAUUUACCUUUGUUAUCCAUUAGCAUUGUGAAACAUUUUUUACAUGGUUCUUGUAAGACUGAGAAUUUCACCUUUUUUUAUUCUUCUAGCUUCGAAUUUCUUCAUAAAUCUCAUUUA